AUGGGCUUUUCGGACACUAUGCAGAAGACAAGGAGCGUGGCCAAGAGGUCCAAGGAGCUGGAGAAGAAGCUGCAGGAGGAUGCCGACAAGGAGGCCAAGACCGUCAAGCUACUGCUGCUGGGUGCUGGGGAGUCAGGGAAGAGCACGAUCGUCAAACAGAUGAAGAUCAUCCACCAGGACGGCUACACGCAGGAGGAAUGUCUGGAGUUCAAGUCCGUCAUCUACGGCAACGUGUUGCAGUCCAUCCUAGCCAUCAUCCGUGCCAUGUCCACCCUGGGCAUCGACUACGCAGAUCUGGGACGAGUGGACGAUGGGAGGCAGCUCAACAACCUGGCAGAUUCCAUCGAGGAGGGCACGAUGCCCCCUGAGCUGGUGGACGUGAUUAAGAAACUCUGGAAGGACGCAGGGGUGCAGGCCUGUUUCGACCGGGCGGCUGAAUAUCAGCUCAACGAUUCUGCUUCCUACUACCUGAACCAGCUGGACCGCAUCACAGCACCCGAAUACCUCCCCAACGAGCAGGAUGUGCUGCGAUCCCGGGUCAAGACCACCGGCAUCAUCGAGACCAAAUUCUCCGUCAAAGACCUGAACUUCCGGAUGUUUGAUGUGGGAGGUCAGAGAUCCGAGCGCAAGAAAUGGAUCCACUGCUUCGAGGGGGUGACCUGCAUCAUCUUCUGCGGAGCUCUGAGCGCCUAUGACAUGGUGCUGGUGGAGGACGACGAAGUGAACCGUAUGCACGAAUCCCUGCAUCUCUUCAAUAGCAUCUGCAACCACAAAUUCUUUGCCGCCACAUCCAUCGUGCUCUUUCUCAAUAAGAAGGAUCUCUUCGAGGAAAAAAUUAAGAAAGUUCACCUCAGCAUAUGCUUCCCAGACUACGACGGCAACAACUCCUACGAAGACGCAGGAAACUACAUCAAGAACCAGUUCCUUGACCUCAACAUGAGAAAAGACGUCAAGGAGAUCUACAGUCACAUGACUUGUGCCACGGACACACAGAAUGUCAAAUUUGUGUUUGACGCAGUCACAGAUAUCAUCAUCAAAGAAAACCUCAAGGACUGCGGGCUUUUCUAAGCCUUGACCUUCAGCAGAAGACAAGUUGCUUGUGGGCAGGGACCGUCUCUUCUCUCUUCUGCACUUCCCCAGCACCUAGUACAGUCCCACACCAAGUGGACACUUAAUAGACGUGGCUGCUUCUACUCCUCUUCCUCCUACUAAUUGGCAUUCAAAUCACCCCCAGAGCAGUUGGGGAGAGAUCACGGUAGGUUAGCAGGCCACUGGGUGGCUCACCUCAAGUCAAUGUUCAGGGAUUGAACAUGCACCUUGUAAGAAAACCACCAAGAAAAACUUACACAUACCUGUCUGGGCUAAAAGAAGUUCUGCCGGGACAAGGCCGAAACCCGACGUGGGAGAGCCCUGACGGAGAUAAGGCUGAUAAUAUGAGAAAAGGCACAGGGACAAACACACAGUGCCAUGUGGCAUUUCUGACAGCAGAGCAACAUUAAUACCAGGACCCAAAGAGCUAAACAAAAAGCCAGCUAAGGUGAAAAGCAGCUAGUCCCGGCGGGUGCAUGGGAAACCACAGUUGCUGCAUUGGGGUAUGCUGAGAAUUGGCAUUAAGGCAUCUUACUCACAAAGAGUUAGCCUCUGACCUGCCCCGCCCUGGGCAGGUAUCUGGUAUCCUUCUCUGACAGAGACCACUGUCCAGCUGCACCAAUAACUUUGGAGCAAGCAGUAAAAAUAAUCCAUGUUGGGCCUGUACACAAGUGCCAGGUGACUCCACUCUCUUCCACUCCAAGGAAGCAAAGAACCACUCCUCCUCACAGCUUUCACAAGUUGUGUUUUCCUCUAAGUCAGUCGUCAGGAAGCGUGCUUAUUUGUUUCUGUGGGCUCCUGCAGAACCAAACCACAAUCAGCCCCACACUUAGGAUCAAAACUCAACGGCACUGGGGCCACAGGACAUAGGGUCAUCACUGAUACCCAAGAACUGAUAUUAUCAUUCAUGUCCUCCAGUUAGGGCACCGAGUAAAAUUAAACCUCGGAGUCGAUCCAAACUGAAAGCAGGCUUGAUCAGAUCUCUUCCGGGGGUGGAAGAAGUACAGAAUUCAAAGUUUCAGCCACCACUGAAAACCCUUCUGCUGUCGUGAUUUAAGACUUAGUAAAAAAUAUCAAACAAAAUGGAACGCUACUCUUCUCCAGAAUUCACUUUCACAAUCUGUCUGCUCCCAUCGACAGUGAUACACAGGGCCAAAUGAGCCCAAGAUGUCGUGAAGAAUAUGUUUUCAGCUGUUUAAACCUUAGAACUCUUAAAAUAUCUUUUCCUUUCCGGGCUCCUAGACAAGAAAGUUUAUAGGGUGCCUGCCCAGCUCCAGCUGAACAACCAGAGAAGCCAGGGAAGAUGCUUGCUUGUCUUUCAUACCCCUUCCCCAAGAAGUCCUAGGACCUCUUCCCUUUCUUAGCCCGACAAGCCCGGAUGGACCCGAUUUUCAGCUUCCAUGAUCUCCUUGUCUUCUACUUUCUUCAUUGGAUAUUUUGGACACUUUUGGAAAGUGGGGUACGGAUGCCAGAGCCAGCCCAAUCUGGUGUCGAUGGAGUAGGGGAGAGUUAAGUCAAGGGGGAGCUUGUCUUAACCGCAGACAACAAUCUGACCUUUGUUUUAAGCACCCCAAACUCCAACUCCCAUAGUUGAAGAAGGGGAAGGACUGGUGCCACGACCCCCUACCAAUGCUCCCCUAAAAAAAAAAACCAAAAAAAACCUUUAAAUGGUAAGGAAAUUCUCCUAAGUAACACAGUUUCUACCUUGAGGAGAAGAUAUAGGACAAGGUGAAAAACAGAACUGUACAGCAGUUCAAAAUCUUAAGAGACUGAGCAGCCUAUAAGGGAUGAGCUCAAAGGGUUAACUUCUACUCUCCUCCUAUCCAUUUGGGGAGGCGGCUAGAAAAUGGUAGACAGCGUGGCCAUCCACAGCCUGCUGGCACUAGCAUUUAAAUGUUCCCUUGAUAUUAAGAGUGGAUUACAAUCUCAACCUUAACAUGCUCUGCUCCAGUCUGAUGGCUUCUCUGCUCUACUCCGGCUGACGGCAGGGGGAAGAUUACCGGGAGGCAAAUGAAAAAUAUCAUUACAGUUACUGGAACUGAGAAAGCCUCUUAAAGUCUUACGUGAAGAAAAAGCAGGUAGAGGCAGAGAUAAGAGGAAAUAAUGACUUGAAAAGACUUGCACUCUACUAUUUGGAGCUGUGUUUGCUCCUUAAACAUCCCCUGUAAAUAAACCUUCACGUUAUUAUAUACACUG